AUGAUAUAUUACGAACGAGCACACGAUUUCAGCGCUUAUUACGUAGGGAACUUCGUGUUUGUUCGCGCUAAUAAAUAUAGCGACGGGCUAUCUCAAUGGGAGAAUGUUUUGAUUGGUCAAAUUUAAAUUGCGCGCCACGCGGCGGCCAAUCAGUAAUUUUGCUUGGGCUUUAUUUUUUGUUUAUACUUACCUAUAUCUAUCUUGCCAUACGAUUAUAGCAUCUUCUUGCACACAUUUGAAAACUGUUUUCAUUUUCACAAAGAAUUUUAUGUUGGCAUUGGUGUUUUGAAUGUGUGAGAAAUGCUAUUGCUAAUGCGUUUGUAAAGGUGACGGGACGUCUGUACUCUGUCGUCUUCUUGAAUGGCGAUCUGUGGUUAAAUUGUAUUGUAUUUUUGUGAUUAAGUGGCAUAAUAAAAACAGCUGGCUUAUGAAAAUAUUGAAGAGAAAAUAGUUUUGUGCGAUUAAUCUAUAAUAACUUCAAGAAGUGUCCUGUAAAUCACGAACUCUGUCAUAAAGCUUCAUUGAAGUCAUGAACGAUUUGCAUUAUUCGUGUAAAAGUGCAGUGAUUGGAAAAACGCUAUUGUUGUAAAUCGAAUGCGGUUUAGUGUUGCGGUAACUUGGUGCUUUUGAUAUGAUAUUAAUUGACUGUUUUGCCGAAAUGGUCAGUGUUUUCACUUAUCAUAACCUCAACGCUGAGGCUUGAAUACGUCAGACUAUUUUGCAUCGCCCAGUGCGAGGCCUUGCGUGAAACUUAAGUUUAUCUGUUAUAUAUGAUUCAACGCGAGUAUCCAAUGAACAACGGGUUUAGCACGGGAGAAGAAGAUUCUAGAGGUAAUUCAGAUCAAAUAUGUUGCCUUGUGGAUGACAACGAGCGAUGCAGGCGACCUGCUGGUAACGCAUCAUACAGCAAGCGCAUACAGAAAACUGUGGCGCAGAGGAGGCUCAAACUUAACAUAGAUCCUCAGGCUAGGCACACAUACAUCUGUGAUUAUCACAAAACAAUGAUACAAUGUGCGAGGACAAAGCAAAGGAGGCCUAAGGACUCGGAGGAUGACAGCAAUGAGGCAGAGAUGGACACUCCUGAUGUAGACUGGUUUCAAUUGCAAGUCAAUACUCUAAGGAGGUAUAAAAGACACUACAAAGUGCCUACUAGGCCAGGACUGAACAAAGCUCAACUUGCUGAAGUGAUACAGAAGCAUUUCAAAUCUUUGCCUGUCAAUGAAAAGGAGAUUAUGGCAUACUUUAUUUAUAUGGUGAAAACGAAUGGCAAUAAAUUAGACCAGAAAAAUGGCAUAAAUUCAGACUCAGUGUAGUGUUAUGUGUAUUUAAUUUAUGAAAUGUAGUUCUAAUGUUAGAUGUACAAUGUAAUUAGGUGAUUUCUCUUCCUAAAUUUACAAUCAACAUUCGAGAGAUUGUCUUCUGCUUAUUUUUUAUAAAGUAGAUCUCUAAAGCGCUCCAAAAAGUUAACACGUUUCAUUGCUAAUAUGGUACACCAUCACAGGAAACCAUAGUUGCUGUGUCCUGUAGCCGUGAAUGUGCACAGUUGCUGGUAGCUACUCCUGGUCACUGGAAACCGUAGUUGCUGUGACCGGUGGCAGCGAUUAGAUACAGUCGGUGGUUCAUUGCUUGUUUUCCGUCAGUGUCACAAUGAACAUCAAUGUAAACAUGAAUAAAUUUUUAGCUAGGACUCUAGGUUUAUGCUUGACCGAUCUCAUUAAGUAGGUACCUAAAUCUUAAGGUGGAACAUGCUUAAAAUGGACUUUGAGAAUUUUACAAUUCCAUUAUACUCCUUUUCAGUUUACAUUAUGUAAAACUCAAUGCUAUGGUAGAACUCUUCACAUCCCCAAUCAAGAUACAGAUGUAAUAAAAUGGGUAAAAAGUAAGCAACAGACAAUCUCAGCUUUUCAGUUUAUGAUUUUAUAAAAUGAUCAAGGGUAUGCCUGCAUUGUGAAAUUUUUAUGUGAUUUUUAUGUGAUGAAUUGUAAUUUAGGAAAAAACAUACAAGUGAUUUCAAACAAUUAUUGUCAUAUGAAUGAAUUUUGUGGGGAGAAUUACAAUACAAUUUCACAGUGCAGAUUUAGCCUAAUUGGCUAUAUUGUAUUUUUGAAUUACUUUUAUAUUAUAUCAGUUGACAAUUUGUAUUAAGUGCAUAGUUUUCAGUUAUUCCUUGUGAUUUAUAGAAAAUAAGAUAGUUAUAUAAGAUUUGCUCGAAAAGCAUAAAGACAUGGCUCCCAUACAUCACCUAUAUUGUCCAAUUUGAAUGAUGUUUUGAGGCUUGAUUCAAUUGGUGGUUCGUCCAAUGUCUCCUGUACUAUCAACCAUAGUGAUCACAAAAUAAGUAGUCCAAUCUGAAGUUGCAACAUGACAAUCAGCAUAGGUACAGUCAAAGGCCGUAAGUCUAUAGCACUUUAAUGAUCAUAUUCCCGUGGCACGAUUAUGCACAUGCGUUAGGUGUGUGGCGUGUUUAUAGAAAAAGGUCACAAGUUCGACAGGUUUAUGAAGCAAUAGUUUCGCGGAAUUGCUACUCGAAUUCUGAGGCAGACUGUACAGCCAAGCUCACAACCACUCUGUGAUCUGUUUUAAUACACUGCACAGCGUGAGGAAACCUGCAUGCCAGAGUUCUCUGUAUUGUUCUCAAAGGUGUGUGAUGUCCAAUUCCCACUUGGCUAGCCUGGAGAUCACAGACCCAUGCUCAGAAGUGGGCCGGCGAUGGGUUGAUCAUGAUGAUGAUGAAAGUCAUAUUAAGACAGAUUUAUAGAGUGCACUUUGACUAUGCUCAGACUUAAGUUUCAGUUAAAACGAGACGGAUUUAUGUUAAUGAUAUAGCGCUGUCUCAUUUUAACUGUUUGAAAUCUAACCAAAUUCAAAGUGCGAUUGUGGCCUUAAGACUCAUUGGACUACUUGUUUUGCGACUAUGGACCAACUGUGCUCGGCGCAAUCUAGUCUUCUACUGGGAAUAUGCGACUAGUGGAAUCAGUGCACUCUUGAAAGUGCUUUUCAAGAAUCAAACAGCAUAUGGAGCACAACAAACUAGCAAUGAUUGUUACUUUGUUGUAUAUUGUCCAUUAGAGCGAUGUAGAUGCACAGAGCACAGUUCCCAAUUUUUGUGCUUGAUAUAUUGUAUCAAAAAUGCUUUGUGAACUCUAUAUUAUACAUAAUAAUAUAGAAAUAAUGUAAUUGUCUCAAUGAAGUAUCCACUAUUUAUUUCUCAUUUUGUAGUUAGACAAUGCUCUAUGUACAUAAUAUACAUUUUCAGCAUCAGAUGUUAUGAUUGUUUAUUGACAAGGGAAAUGCAAUGCUAAUUAAUAUUUAAGAGAGAUUUAAUAGCAUUAAAGUAUAAAAUGUAACUUUUAUUACAUUUUAUUUAACAAA